AUGGAAAAGGAAUCCCAGGAGAUGUCCUUAGACGGAGACCUCCAUUUGGAGUGCAACCCCCAGGGGGGUUUCAAAGAAAAUAAAAGUUGUGACGUCGCAGAAGAAGGAUGCCAUGUGAUAAAAGAAAUCAAUGCAACUAAUUUGGGUCACCGUGAGGAGGAAGUGGGUGGGCAGGAAAAGAGCAGCAGCACUAACCACACAUGUGAGCAACCCCAAUGGAAUUGCACCAAUCGGAUGAGACAGACACGACGUAAUUGUAACGGUCCAUUUGAACAUGAGGAGAAUUGCCUCCAUUUAAAAGCCUUGGAAAUUUUCCAUCACCUAGGGGAAGAGGGAACGAACCAAGGAGGAGAUGACCACAGUAGUACCAGCUGCAAUGACACGGAUUACACCAACUUUGAAGAUUCAGAUGCAGAGGUGGACAGCUGUGGGGAUGAUGAGGAAGACGUUGCCCAAGAGGUGAACUUCGGCACCACGUUGGAAAAUAUUUCUCUCAUGAAUAAGCAAGCCAUGCAUAAGGCGGUUCUCCAUUAA